AUGCCGGCAAUAGAGAGCGGCGCGGAGUCGAGGCUGCUGCUGGUCUCAAAUCGGCUGCCCAUCACCAUCUCUCGCUCUAGCCAGGGCAAAUAUGAGUCCUCCAUGUCCUCGGGGGGUCUCGUGAGCGGUCUCAGCGGCCUGUCCAAGACAACGAAGUUUCAGUGGUACGGGUGGCCGGGCCUGGAGGUGCCGUUCGACGAGGUCGAUAUAUUCAAGAAGAAGCUGAAGGAGGACUAUAAUGCUGUUCCGGUAUUUAUCGACAACGAUCUGGCAGAUAGACACUACAACGGGUUCUCCAACUCGAUAUUAUGGCCUCUUUUCCACUACCACCCUGGAGAUAUCACCUUCGACGAGUCUGCGUGGGAGGCGUACCAGGAAGCAAACCGAUUGUUCGCCCAGGCAAUCGCAAGAGAUGUCAAGGACGGUGACCUGGUGUGGGUACAUGACUACCAUCUGAUGCUUCUACCUUCGAUGCUACGGGAAGAGAUUGGAGAUAGCAAGAAGGAUGUCAAGAUCGGCUUCUUCCUACAUACGCCGUUUCCAAGUAGCGAGAUAUAUCGAAUCUUGCCUGUCAGGAACGAGCUCUUGCUCGGGGUCCUUCACUGUGAUCUCAUAGGCUUCCAUACAUACGACUACGCCCGUCACUUCCUAAGUAGUUGUUCGCGAAUACUAGGUCUGCCAACCACACCUAACGGAGUAGAGUUCCUUGGGAAGAUUGUAACGGUCGGAGCAUUCCCAAUCGGUAUAGAUCCCGAAAAAUUCACAGAGGGACUAAAACGAGAAAAAGUACAGAAGCGGAUAGCUGCGCUUCAGCAAAAGUUUCAGGGUGUCAAGUUGAUGGUUGGCGUGGACAGACUAGACUACAUCAAGGGAGUGCCUCAGAAGCUUCAUGCUUUUGAAGUGUUUCUAACCGACCAUCCGGAGUGGAUUGGAAAGGUUGUACUGGUUCAAGUUGCUGUCCCAAGUAGGCAGGAUGUCGAGGAGUACCAGAACCUCAGAGCUGUCGUAAACGAGCUCGUAGGGCGGAUAAACGGGAGAUUUGGAACUGUCGAGUUUAUGCCAAUACACUUCUUGCAUAAAUCAGUCAACUUUGACGAGCUCAUUGCUUUAUAUGCUGUCUCUGAUGUGUGCAUCGUUUCCUCAACUAGAGAUGGAAUGAACCUUGUAUCAUAUGAAUACAUUGCUACUCAGCGGGAUCGCAAUGGCGUACUCAUUCUGUCAGAAUUUGCUGGCGCUGCCCAAAGCCUUAAUGGCAGCCUGAUAAUUAACCCCUGGAAUACCGAGGAGCUGGCUGCAGCUUACAAAGAAGCCGUCACCAUGAGCCCGGAGAAGCGGAAGCUGAACUAUACCAAGUUGGAGAGAUAUAUUAACAAGUACACCAGUGCAUUCUGGGGUCAUUCGUUUGUAUCGGAACUAACAAGGUUGCCUAACUGUGCUGAGAAGAAGGUCCAUUUCUCUCAGGCCACUAUAGAAGACAAUAACACCAUACAUAUGGUUCCGCACACAGAGCUACAGUGA